AUGAUACGUUGUCAUCAAUGCAAAAAGAGGGUGGCCGCCGGACCUGGAAAUCGGGAAAGGACAUACAACCCCGGACUUUUACCAAACUUUUUUAUUAACAUUUUCAGACUUUCAAAUCCUUUAUAUGAGGAUAUUGACCAUCUAAGUUCCCUAACUUCCGACAACUCCUCCUCAAGGUCGACCCAAUCCACAAAUCGCUCAGAAUUCGACAAUUCUCUAUCCACCGAAAAUCCCCCAAGAGUAAUCCAAAACGGCAACAACUCAACUAUAAAAACCAUAGAGCGAGACAAGAAUCUCUUUAAUAUUCAAGGUAAAAACUUUGAUUCAAGUUGGCUCCAAGCUGUAAAGUCGCGAGCAACAGAAGGUAAAUUUAUUGACUGGGAUCGUCUCAUUCACAGCGAACGCGAAGAAAUCAAUUCCCUCAUCAGCCAGGAAUUAAUAGAUCCAAUUUCUGAUCCCCUGACCCUAAACUUUCCUUCUAUAAGUUUAGAACGAGCCGGUCCGGGUCACACUCUCAGCCCUUUUAUUCUCAAUUCCCCAGAGACUGAAGUCUCCAUCAAAACAUCUUCACCGGACAGUGGCUGGUCCGAAAACUAUGCCGUGAAAAAUAUCCUCCGACUCGAGAUAGCCAAAGUAAACUUCUCCAACUCUGACUAUUUCUCAGCUGCGAUUCUCAAGCCGCUCUAUCUGCGAACAAAGCGCAGGAGUUCCUGUUCAAAGAAGUCGAUUCUAAGGUCCGAAAAGUAUGAAUAUCUUCAUGGAGUGACUUGUUUGAUCUGCACAUCCCAGGAAGGCUACAUCUAUCAUUUUUCUGCCGAGCAUUGCGAGGAAUUCAUUCCAACUUGUCUCACAACUUACACCUUCACUGCCCCCGUGAAUCAUGUGGCUCUCGAGAACACAGUUCUUCAUGCUCUCACUGAAGCUGGCCUCGAAUCCUACACCCUGAGAAUUUCCCACCACGUGUCGAAAACUUCGAUCCAGGUGUCCGAGUCCGAAGACAUGUGUCCCGACGUGUCCGAACCCGUCUGCUUAAUCGGUUUACGUCCUUUUGUGGGAAUUGAGACAAUCCUGAGCUCGAGAAGUAAUAUCGUUCUUCUAGCGAGAGCCGAAAACUCCUGGACUCUGUAUUCUCUGAGGUUUCCCAAACCAGAGGAAAUAUAUGUUGAUAUUCUGAAUGCAGCGAGGAAUCACAAAUCGUCGAGUCCUACGACCUAUCGACAUUUAUUGGAAGAGGCUCACGCGAUCGUGAGAUUGGCUAAGGAUGUGAUUCGCUUCAGAUCGGAGGAGAGCGAAAAGUAUUCAUCGAGGGAGAGAUCGAGAAAUCCGUUAGACGAGAUCUUUGAUCAGUCGCGAGCAAUUCUGGGAGACUUUCUCGGGAUUUAUUACAAGACGGAUUCCACCGGAAAGACGAGAAGCACCCUGGAUGAUCUUUUUGAUCAGUCUUGUAUGCUUUUAGGCGAUUACUAUAUCGAAUCGGACUCGGAAAUCGAUUGGAGAUUGUCUAUUCCCUAUUACAGGAUGUCUGGAUUGAAAGUGAGUGAAGUUCUCUCGAGAAACUCUGCGAGGAAUGCGCCAGGACUUGUUCUUUUUUUAACCGAAACGUUGCUGUCGAUGAAGAGUGGCGUGGAUGCUGAUGAACUUUUCCAAGGACACAAUGUCGUGGAGAUAAUCGGGACGGAAAAUAAAGAAGGAUUGCUGAAACUGAUUCUUGGAAGUACAGUUCUUCAAGAGUACGCGACAGAAAAGUUGAUCAAGCUUCUGGAAUCUCAGGAAUAUGAUGAUUAUAGUCGGCUGGCUCUCGUGCUUCUGUAUACGGAAGCGGGAAAAGAGGAACAAUUAGAGAGAGUAUUGAAUCCAGUUUCUGGAGUUUUUAUUGAGCAGAUGAUUCUGGAGUAUCCACACUUGUUAUUUGAUGACACGAAUGUAAAUAUGAAGAGAACCGAGGUUUUGUCCUUUUCUAAUUUCUCGGGAGCUCUGAUGCGUCAUAAACCGAACGUCUUUGCGGAAAUUUUGACCCAACUGAUCAGAGGUGACACCCUUUCUCUGCAUCAGAUCAUGCAAGUUUUUUUAGAGUACUUGCCCUCGCGAGUUGGACGAGAUGGUCAUGAUGCUGCAGCUGCUUUGCAAUUUUUCAUCGAAGUUUAUUUGAGGAAGUACUUUAAAAAUCAUGGAAUCAGUGGAAAGAAGAGGGGAAGUUACGAUUUUGCGACGAUAGAGGCUUUCAAGAUUCUGGUGCGAUCCUAUUUGGGAAAAUUGGUCCAAACGAGGGUUUAUAGUUUGAAGGAUGAGGAGACGAAGCAGGGCGAGGAGAUUCAUCUUUUUGAGAACAAGAGACCGCGGUAUCUGAAUAAAAUGCCACCUUGCUCGAGGGAUUUUGGGCCGGAUUUGGAAGCUUCCGUGUUGGAAGAACUUGCUGAAGAUGAAAAUAAUUAUAAUGUUCGAUGCGAGGUGCUGAAACUUCAGGCUUUGAUCGCAAGUGGAUGUUUGCCUCCGGAGUGUUUGGAGGAAAUUUGGCAAUUUUUGGAAACUGAGGAAGUCGAUGGAAGUCUCUCUUUGAAAAGUUUGUGUAAUCAAAAUACGGAGAUUGUUACGAAAAUGCUGAUGGAGAUGUGUCCGCAAGUUGUGCUCUUUUAUUCCAAGGAUAAAUAUACCAAAGAAAGCGAGUGGAAGGGACUGAUUGACAUUUUGCAAGAUACAAUUUCGAAGAUCAAAAAUAAUCAAGGUUCGCCGGGUUUCUUCGAGCAAACUUUGAGCGAAAUUUUGACUCACGUGGCUAAAACUUUACCACUUCAAUCUCUGCACAAUAUUCUACCAAAGGAUGAUCGGGAAUCAUACGAGUAUUACAUGCAGAUUCAUAGUCAAAUUAUGCGAGCAGAUCGGAUUAAAUCAGUAAUGAUAAAAACCGGUAAUCAAUUUCUAUCAAAACUAAAUUUAUAAAGUUGAGAAAUUAUUUAGUAUUUGGAAAUUUUUAAAUGUUUAAUAGUUUCUCUAUUGAAAUCGAUAGAGAGUAUAAUUAUAUGCCAAUUAUAUGGCAUUUCAUUUUUUUUUAAAAACAUUUUACGGUUGAAAUUGUUGUUUAAUUCUGCGUUAACCAAAGAUAGGAAAUUAUUCAAUAAUUCUAUAUAGUGUGCAUAUAUAAUAAUUGUUCACUGCUUGAUUUUCACAAUUUAUGUGGUAGAAUUUAUGAUGUUAUACCAAAGUGGAUUCUAAUAAUUAUUAUAUUGUGAAGUUGAGAGUAUUUUUGUUUUAAAGUUUUAAUCUAUUAAAGUACAAAUUGCGAGAAAAAUAAAUUCUAGUAUAAUAGGGACAGUACUUUAAUUAUGUAACGGAUUAUGGGAAUUUUAAAAUUAAAAAGAAAAAUUCCCAACAAAAAAGUGUCUUGUUUAUAUUUCAAUCAAAAAAUAUAAAAUUCAUAAAAAAACGAAAUUAAUUUUAAAACAAAAAAGACGAAUUUUCAACAAAUAAAGACUUUUUACUCAAAAGAUGAAUUUUCUCUAGAAAAGUCGUAUUUUCAAACAAAAAGUAUGAAUUUUCUGCUAAAAUUAAGUUUGAACGAAACUGAUGCGUUUGUACUCCAAAAAAAAAUGAAAUUUCAGACCAAAAAAUGAUUUUUUUCACGAAAAA